ACAUAUUUGGCUGCUACACAUGUCGGAAAGAUACAUUUCAGCAUGGCUUUGGAGCACCUGGAGUUUUACCACUGAGCAGUUUUCUCAGCAGUUAAGGAGAAUAUCCGAACACUUUCUCUACAUUGUUGCGGCUACACGGUAAACGAACUCUGGGCAAACAUUUCUUUACGAGACGGCAUUGACCAUUACUUCUUGUAACCAAGUGACGGAGCUCUGACGCUCCAACGUGGCUCAGGACGGUUAACAGACUUUACAUACUUAAAAGAAAUAAUACAAUAGAUUUCACCGGAAGUGGCCAUAAUGUCAAAGGUGAACGCAAAGAAAAGACACUUUCCUGCUAAAACACAACGACCUACAUCUACAGAGAAAAACAACACAGCGAAAAGGAAAAGGAAAAACUGGAUGAAAGAGAAGUUUAAAAAGAUGAAGCCUCCACCCAAAAACCAAGAAAAGGCUAAAGUUCAACAAACAUUACCUCCAAAAGAUGUCCAGCUUUUUUCUGCUAACUGGAAAACAUUACAAGAGAUGAUAAAGGCCAGUGAACCGGAGAAGAAGCCGCCUGUGACACCAAAACAUCAGAACGGUGCUUUGCGAAAGAAGGAGGUUAAAGAAAAUUCUUCUAAAAAUAUUACCAAGAACAAUGUCUAUCCCGGGCGGACAGACACUGGGAAAAAAGUAAUACACAAAACUGUUCCUAACAGUGUUGUCCCCAAGGACUCUCAAGUGAAGUUAAUGGUUCCAGCUGUCGCAGAGACAAGACCGUCUGCUGCUCUAAAAAGGAAAAAGGACAGUGGAAAGUCAAACAGCGAGCAAGCAGUCAAGAAAAAGAAGUCUGUGGUUGAAGAGAAGAAACCUACAGAAGAGGACCUUUGGUUUGAUGAUGUGGACCCUGACGACAUUGAGGCGACAAUGGGAGUAGAGGCAGCGGAGAUCAUGAGGAAGAAGCAGGGCAUUCAGAAGAGCAAGGACACAGAGAGCGCCCUGGUCAAGGAGAAAGCCUUUGAGGGCCUCACCAGAGCCGUGGCCAUUGAUUGCGAGAUGGUGGGAGUCGGUCCUAAUGGAGAGGACAGCAUCUUGGCUCGUGUGUCCCUCGUGAACCAGUUUGGGAAAUGCAUCUAUGACAAAUAUGUGAAACCCACAGAGAAGGUGACCGACUACAGGACAGCCUUUAGUGGAAUCCGACCAGAGGACAUCAAAGACGGAGAGGAUGUACACACUGUGCAGAGGGAGGUUGGUGAGAUCCUGCAAGGCAGAAUAGUGGUUGGACAUGCUAUACACAAUGACUUAAAGAUUUUACUCUUGGAUCAUCCAAAAAAGAAAAUCCGGGACACUCAGAAGUACAAACCUUUUAAGAAGACUGUAAAGAGUGGUCGACCUUCGCUGAAACUCCUCUGUAGAGAAAUACUCAACGUUAAGGUCCAACAGGGUGAACAUUCAUCUGUCCAAGACGCACAGGCCACCAUGAGGCUCUACACACUGGUGAAAAAACAGUGGGAAGCAGAGAUUAAGGCCAGUCAGAAGAACAAACACUUAGACAAGAAGAGUGAGAGAAAGCCCAAGUUUCCCAAGAACAAGAACAAGGGCAAGAAUCUCAUGGGAUUAUGAAUUCAAUUGCGAGAGGACAGAUCGCCCCUGGAUCAGAGGUUUGGGUUUGUUUUGGAAGACAAAAACCACAGGCAGACUUGUUACAGAAGUAACAGAUGUUGAACACUUGUGCCAGUAUACAGUUGUGACACUCAUGAGCUUAUGUAAGAUCUAUCACAACAGCCCCUCAAAGUGAGGAAAACCAAACUAUUAAGAAUAGCAAAGAAAAUGAGUGUCUAUAAAAAGUGUUUUUAACAGGUGGUGAGAGGGGUUUUGUCAGCCUGAUAGGGCAUUGCAGGAUGUGAAAGACUUGAUUGUUUUUGCCAAUCAUUGCGCAAAACCCAGGAGUGACUCACACGGGAAUUAAAACAUCUGAGAAAGCACGGAGCCUUUCAGCCAGUUCCUUCUUGAAUAUUUCCCAAUAUGUUAUUCCCAGCAGUCGGAGGCAGGUGUUCAAAUCAUGGGCCAUCCAUGAGACUGCUCUUGAGAACUCAAAAUCAUUUGUCCACUGAAGGUGUUGUCAACGUAUUGUUUUUGCGUUAUGGUUCCAGUGUUAUAUAAAUAGUUUGUUUAGAUCAUUGCUCUCUCAUGACUUGGGUUGUAAUAAUUAUAUUACUGGUUGCCUUAAAAGUUGUAUGUUUUAAAAAGUAUGAAUAAAACGAGAGAAAUUCUUUCUAUGUA